AUGUUCACCCGACACGAUCGCUUCAAAAAAAAGAACAACAAAAACACUUACAACUACUACGACAGCCGCCACGACAGGUCAUAUGGCCGGACAGACGAGGUCAACUUGCUGACGGCGCCGAGUUUCCUCUCCCAGUUCAAGCCUAAGCAUGAUGGUAAAAGAUUCAGGACCACCAGCCAACUGGAGCCAGACACGUACUGCGACUUUGUGGCAGAGGUAAUAAUAAUGACUGGGAAACAGACUGGGAAUAAGGUGACCAUGAUCCUUACAGACUACACGGAACACGAGGAACUCCCCCAUCAGAACGAAGACGGCCGGCCAAUCGGCAAAGCCUCGAUCAUCACGACACUCUGGGACGAACAUUACCAGACUGCUGUAGACAAAGGCAUCAGGAAGGGCGAUCUCAUCCGCCUCCGGAACCUCCGCGCAAAAACCGAUCUCACUCGCAAAAUCGAAUUGAACAUGAACGGGUACCGAGGUUUCGGUUAUCAACAGGGGUUUCCCAUCACAAAACUGGACCCAAGCGACACCGACGUUAAGGAGUUACUAUCGCGAAAGGCUCUAUACGAGCAACAUCUCACUGCACAGGAGGAGAAGCGAACCCGACGGUACGUCAGUCUACCGCGCCAGCGUCAACCCACACCAACGAAGCAGGAGCCCAAACGUCCCCGCCCCCCUCUACCUUCUAGAACACCACCAAUGCGACGACCAUACGAUCCGAACCACCCUCUCCAUUUGCCGAUAUACCCUGAAGGAUAUGUUCGGUCUCCCACUACAUCAGGAACGCGGUCACCUACUCAUGGAAUCGAACCAUUUGAGUACCCCACUUUCAAGCGCAAUCCAAGUUUGCUUCAUUCGUCCUCUUCAAAAGAGGGCGAGGACGAGAACGAGUUGCUGGCACCGCCUCGGCCAGUCAGGGUACCAGGGAGUCCUAUCGGUUCUUUUGCCUCCCUGAGCACAACCCGAUCACCUUCCCAGGACAUUCAGCCAGUUGUUGAUACCCUUUCCGAUCGCGAAUUCAUUUUCCCUUCUAAAGAAGAUGAUGGAGAUGACGAUGGCGUGCAAGAGGACGAUGAGCUGGAACCGAUUCAGGAACUCAGUACACCAAGCGUGUUUCCAGACGCUACUGCAACCACGAAGACAACAAGGUCAUCUUCUCAGGACAUCCAGCCAGUAGUUGUCGAUGUCCCUUCCGUGCGCCAAUCCAUUAUUGUUAUUGAUGAUAACGAGGACGAGGAGGACGAGGUUUUGCUGGUCCCGACGCCAAGGAGGUUACUGUCUGCCGAGGAAACCGCGAGCACAACGAGGUCACCUUCUCAGGACUUUCGACUACUUCCUCAUACCCCACUCGAGCGCGAUCCCACCCCUCUCGAGCGCAACCCCAGCCUCCCUGUCGAGCGCGAAUCCUCUAGGCGCGAAUUCAGCAUCCCCGUUGCGCCCGAUUUCCAAUGCCUUCGCUCACCCAUACCCCUCAUCAAUACCAGCUCCACUCGCUCUUCCAAGCGCGAGACCACUCCUCUUGUCGCAGUAAAGUUGGAGCUGAAUAGCGUAGCCAGCUCGCCAACAUUGUCGUCAGUUUCAGCGCAGCGUUGGUCGGCUGCUACCCCUUUUGGGGUCUCGCCUACUGUGCCUGCUCCCAGGUGCCCGAGCUGCAAACACGACGGUGGGGUCGAGUUCAAGUACGACUUCAAGCUCAAGCUUAUGGAUGAGUUUGGCCAGGAGUAUAUUGUCAAAGUUGAUGACACACAUGCAACUGCGCUCAUUGGCAUUCUUGCAGGGGAUCUGAUGAAUGAUUGUGAGAAGUUGGAAAAGAUUUUGGGGACACAGCGUGAUCUAAUCGAGUAA